UGUUUAGAGGUGAAAAUAAUGAACUUCUUGUGUUUUAUGUGAGCAGUUGUCAAUAACUUUUCAAGCGAGAUUUGAGCGGAACGCGAGAUUUCCUUGGUAUCCAUGGAAACGACGGCAGCGUUCAGUGAGGAAGAGGAGGAGUGUUGUUGUUCUGGUCAUGUUUCUGCAUAGCAGAGAGCAUUUUGCACGAUGGAGCUGCCGGACCCUAUCAGAAAACGUUUAGAGGACUUCUCUCGCAAUGUUUUAUUUGACCAGAGUCGAACUGGAGCGUACUCAAAAGACCACGACGCGUUUUUGCCUCACGACAAACGGGUUCUGUCAAGUCUCCAGCUCCAGAUGUCUCUGUACUUUAACAUGUGGUUCUUCCCCUGGUGGUGGAUCAGCGAAACUGUAAUGCUGCACCUGAAGUAUCCUGCCUUGCCAGACUACUACAAGUUCAUCCUUGUAACUGUACUUCUUCUGAUGACGCUGAUCGAGGCCAUUAGACUCUAUCUUGGCUACGCCGGGAACCUGCAGGAAAAGGUGCCAGAGCUGGCUGGAUUUUGGCUGCUGAGCAUCCUGCUGCAGUUCCCACUCAUCCUGUUUCAGCUGUUUAAUGAAGCCAUCCUCAUCCAACCCUUGGAGAGAGGUGUUCACAUAGUUCUCGCUAUCUUCAUACUCACACAGGCCCUCUCUGGCUUUGUGGCGCUCCGGGACAUGGUCAGACACACAGAAAGCCAAUUCCAUCUCCGACAGUUUGAUUGAAUUCUGAAGCUCUGACGUCCACAUCUGGAUACACCAGCGUGCCUUCUUACUUCGCUCCUACCAGGCUCAGAGGCUCACAACGGAAGGUGUCAUGUUUAGUACUGUGUGUAGAACAUGAGAUCGUUCCUCCUCACAGUUGAUUACUUAAGAGAAACAUUUUUAACGUAUUUUUUUUUGUAUUUUAUUCACCUCCAGUCGGUUUGUAUUCUUGUAGCUUUGCAGUAAAUAACAUCUCCAUGACA